CCGCCGCCGCCGCAUCCCCGGGCCCGCCCGCCGGCCUCCUCCUCCUCCGCCGCGGCGACCAUGGCCAAGAGCCGCCAGGAGCGGAACAGCUGGGGCGGAUUUUCAGAGAAGAACUAUGAGUGGAGCUCGGAGGAGGAAGAGGUGGAGAAGAAGGCCCGGCCUGUGCAAGUUCUUAUUGUGAAAGAUGACCACUCCUUCGAGCUGGAUGAAGGCGCCCUCAACCGCAUUUUGCUUUCUGAAACUAUCCGUGACCGGGAGGUGGUUGCUGUCUCCGUGGCAGGGGCCUUUCGGAAAGGGAAGUCCUUCCUGAUGGACUUCAUGCUGAGAUACAUGUACAACAUGGAACUAGUCGACUGGGUUGGGGAUUACAACGAGCCACUGACGGGCUUUUCCUGGAGAGGAGGAUCGGAGCGGGAGACGACGGGCAUCCAGAUCUGGAGCGAGAUCUUUCUCGUGGACAAGCCAGACGGAAACAAGGUUGCUGUGUUGCUGAUGGACACGCAGGGGACCUUUGACAGUCAGUCAACCCUGCGGGAUUCAGCCACGGUCUUCGCUCUCAGCACGAUGAUUAGCUCCAUCCAGGUGUACAACUUGUCACAGAAUGUACAAGAAGAUGAUCUCCAGCAUCUGCAGCUCUUCACGGAAUAUGGGCGGCUGGCCAUGGAGGAAACGUUCUUGAAGCCCUUCCAGUCCCUAAUAUUUCUUGUCCGUGACUGGAGCUUUCCCUAUGAAUUUUCCUAUGGGGCUGAAGGCGGCGGGAAGUUCUUGGAAAAGCGUCUCAAGGUCUCCGGGAACCAGCACGAAGAGCUGCAGAACGUCCGGAAACACAUCCACUCCUGCUUCACCAAAAUCUCCUGCUUCCUUUUACCUCACCCGGGCUUAAAAGUGGCCACCAAUCCAAACUUUGACGGGAAGCUCAAAGAGAUUGACCCUGAUUUCAUCAAGAAUUUGAAGGUGCUCAUCCCCUGGCUGCUCAGCCCCGAGAGCCUGGACGUGAAGGAGAUCAACGGGAAUAAAAUCACCUGUCGUGGCCUCGUGGAAUACUUCAAGGCCUAUAUCAAGAUCUACCAAGGAGAAGAGCUGCCGCAUCCAAAGUCCAUGCUGCAGGCCACAGCGGAAGCAAACAACCUGGCCGCCGUAGCUGCCUCCAAGGACACUUAUAACCGGCGAAUGGAAGAGGUGUGUGGGGGCGACAGACCCUUCCUGGCCCCCAGCGACCUCCAGAGCAAACACCUGGAGCUGAAGGACGAGGCCGUGCGGCAGUUCCGGAGCGUGAAGAAGAUGGGCGGCGAGGAGUUCAGCCGCCGCUACCUCCAGCAGCUGGAGAACGAGAUCGACGAGGUCUACGUCCAGUACAUCAAGCACAACGACAGCAAGAACAUCUUCCACGCCGCCCGAACGCCCGCCACCCUCUUCGUGGUCAUCUUCAUCACCUACGUGACGGCCGGCGUCACCGGCUUCAUCGGGUUGGACAUCAUCGCCAGUCUGUGCAACAUGGUCAUGGGCCUGACCCUCAUCACCCUUUGCACCUGGGCCUACAUCCGGUAUUCCGGGGAGUACAGAGAGCUCGGGGCCGUCAUAGACCAAGUGGCCGCAGCGCUGUGGGACCAGGCUUUGUACAAGCUCUACAGCGCGGCCGCGACCCACAGACAUUUGUACCACCACGCGUUCCCCACGGCACAGAAGGCGGAGCCAGCCGAGGGCCCAGAAAAGAAGACGAUGUAGCCCGGGAGAGCUUCCUGCGGAGGUGCAUGAAAACACAUAAUUUAAACACGUUAAUCGUCGCAUCCAUGUUCGAGCCUCCGACGCUCCUUGAGACGAGGGGGCGGCCGGUUCACCCCGGCUCUUGGCUUGAGUGUAGCCGCUUUCGUUCGGACAGUGCCCUGGUUGAAGGGGGGUAGGGGGUGAUUUGGCAUGCCUGUCAUUAAUUCCUUCAGAACACCACAGCUUUGUUUUGCCUGGAUGCGAGGGGCUUCUCGGUUCCCUGGGCCUCCCUGCCCCACGUUUAAAAUCCUACUUCUCCACCUUUCGAGUACCAACCCAAAGAGAAGCUGCGUUGUUUCUACUUGCAUGGGGGGUGGGGUGGGGAGGGGUGGUCCUCCAUCCGAGGGGAGGGGUCCGCUGUAGAGUAACACCUGCUGUAAGCCGGAAGGAACGUCCCCUCCCUGGACAAACGCAAGGUUUUUGGGACCCAGUCGGAAGCCACUAGGACAGCUGCUUUAGCCUUAUCCAAAAGGGAUCAUGUUAGCCUCUGAUUAUUUGCGCACAAGCCGUUCUUCGUUUAGCACAUUUUUCUUCCAUCAAGCUGUGAAUGACAAUUCCGUUCCCUUUAAAACAACUGCCUUGCCGGAAGCUGCAAAGAGUUUCUUUCUUUUGCUGCGGUACGUUUAAAAAAAAAAAAAGAUACGGGAAACACCCUCGCUUCCGUUCAAGAAUGCACAAAACCAACCCUUUGUAUAUGUAUGAGUGUCACUGUAUAUAUUUUUGUUGUUCAUAAAAAGUGUGCCCAGUUUUAAUUUUUUUUUAAAUUUCGUUGUCAAAUAAUUAAAAGGUGGCUUUUGGUUCCUAAGA